AGAGAGAGAGAAACAGACACACAGUCAAGGGACGGGGUUUACAUUAGACACAUCGUGUCUCUUUAGCUUGUAGCGAGCUCCGGAGAGAAAGGGCGGAGAGCGACAAUAAGGAUCAAUUUUCAAGUGUUUAUGAGGAGGAGACGCGUCGGGUACCCAGCACCGACCACAGCGGAGAGAGCAUCGCGGCGGGUCCCCUGCACCAACCACAGUGGAGAGAGCAUCGCGGCGGGUCCCCAGCACCAACCACAGCGGAGAGAGCAUCGCGGCGGGUCCCCAGCACCAACCACAGCGGAGAGAGCAUCGCGGCGGGUCCCCAGCAGCAACCAGCCCGAGAGAGCAACGCUGCGGAGCACCACCGCGGCGGCAGGGAGAGCGGCAUCAGGGCUCUGCCCUCUUCCUUCACCAUGACGGUUGCUACGGGCGACCUGGGGGACGAGGCGGCGGCCCAUCCCGGUGACCCGUACGAACCAGAACCGGACCACGAGUGCUGCGAGCGCGUAGUCGUCAACAUCUCCGGGUUGCGCUUCGAGACGCAGCUCAAGACCCUCUCCCAGUUCCCUGAGACCCUGCUGGGGGACCCCAAGAAGAGAAUGAGGUACUUUGACCCUCUGAGGAACGAGUAUUUCUUUGACAGGAACCGUCCCAGUUUCGACGCCAUCCUCUACUACUACCAGUCGGGCGGGAGGCUUCGUCGGCCGGUUAAUGUCACCCUAGACAUCUUCUCUGAGGAGAUCCGUUUCUACGAGCUGGGAGAAGAGGCCAUCGAGAUCUUCAGGGAGGAUGAGGGUUUCAUCAAGGAGGAAGAGCGACCUCUUCCAGAGAACGAGUUCCAGAGACAGGUGUGGCUGCUGUUUGAGUAUCCCGAGAGUUCCGGCGCAGCCCGUAUCAUCGCCAUCAUCAGCGUCAUGGUGAUCCUGAUCUCCAUCGUGUCCUUCUGCCUGGAGACACUCCCCGUGUUCCGGAACGACGAAGAGGACGACGGCAACAAGGUGUUCCAGCCUUUCAACAACUCCACUUCUUCCUACACCUCCUCCUACUUCACUGAUCCCUUCUUCAUCCUGGAGACGCUCUGCAUCAUCUGGUUCUCCUUUGAGUUUCUCGUCCGCUUCUUCGCUUGUCCCUCUAAAGCCGGGUUCUUCGGUAACAUUAUGAAUAUCAUCGAUAUUGUGGCGAUUAUUCCAUAUUUCAUCACGUUGGGCACAGAGCUGGCAGAGAAACCGGAAGACGGGCAGGCGGGGCAGCAGGCCAUGUCUCUCGCCAUCCUCAGGGUCAUCCGUCUGGUCAGGGUGUUCAGGAUCUUCAAACUGUCCAGACACUCCAAGGGGCUCCAGAUCCUGGGCCAGACACUGAAGGCCAGCAUGCGGGAGCUGGGUCUGCUCAUCUUCUUCCUCUUCAUCGGAGUCAUCCUCUUCUCCAGCGCCGUCUACUUCGCCGAGGCCGACGAGGCGGACUCACAGUUCAGCAGCAUCCCAGAAGCCUUCUGGUGGGCCGUGGUUUCUAUGACUACCGUCGGCUACGGCGACAUGGUGCCCACCACCAUCGGCGGGAAAAUCGUCGGUUCGCUCUGCGCCAUCGCCGGCGUGCUGACCAUCGCCUUGCCCGUCCCCGUCAUCGUGUCCAACUUCAACUACUUCUACCACCGGGAGACGGAAGGCGAGGAGCAAGCGCAGUACCUGAACACUCCCGUUGCCCCCAAGGACGACUCAGCCGAGGACCUGAAGAAGAACGGCCGCAGCAGGACUGGAUCCACCCUCAGUAAGUCAGACUACAUGGAGAUACAGGAAGCAGCACUGAAUCACAGCACAGAGGACUUCAGAGCAGAGAGCCUGAAGACAGGCAACUGCACCCUGUUGGCUAAUGCUAGCACCCUGUUGGCUAAUGCAAAUAAGCAAGCUAACUCUAACACAUUGGCUAACACCAACUACGUCAACAUCACCAAGAUGAGAACGGAUGUAUAGCCUCUUUCAGGCGUUACAACAAGUGACUUCCUUGACUGUAGAGGUGCAGGGGGACUGGAAGGAAAGAGUAGGGAGGAGGGGGAAGAAGACUGAGGGAAAAUCCCUCCUCUCUGAUGUUGUAGAAGGCUUGGAGACCCUACUGUGGGAGUCCAGAAUGGAUCACAUAAACUCUGGUAAGAGCAGAGAUCCGGCAUCUCACCCCCCGGAAACGGAUCUGUUCCUAACUCAACCCCCUUGCCCUUUCUUCUCCUGUUGGGAGUUGAAGCGUCCUUGUGUUCGGUGACUGUAUGGCGUUAGUCUGGGCUGUGUCACUGUUCAGCUGUCCAGUAGUCGUCUAUAUGCUCUGCUCGCUGCAGUAGUCCAAUAGUAGCCAAACGGCUGGUACUAGACUAUAUAAACUCACUGACAGCAAAACGGGACCACACCCUUAUCUUAUUCCACACUCUGCUCAAACUGCCCGCUGUUAUCGUCAGCACAGAUCUAGCAUCAGCCUGCCCUGAACAAAUCCUAGCCCGUAACCAGUAGGAUAUAUACUACAAAACUGACCUCAAAUCAGCGUCUCAUCUUAAAACUACUUAGCUCUAACUGCCAGCCAAUAGGAGCUUCUUAACCUCCUCUCUCCCACCCCAUACCCCCUGAACCUCUCUCCCACCCCAUUAUUCCCUGAACCUCUCUCCCACCCCAUUAUUCCCUGAACCUCUCUCCCACCCCAUUAUUCCCUGAACCUCUCUCCCACCCCAUUAUUCCCUGAACCUCUCUCCCACCCCAUUAUUCCCUGAACCUCUCUCCCACCCCAUUAUUCCCUGAACCUCUCUCCCACCCCAUUAUUCCCUGAACCUCUCUCCCACCCCAUUAUUCCCUGAACCUCUCUCCCACCCCAUUAUUCCCUGAACCUCUCUCCCACCCCAUUAUUCCCUGAACCUCUCUCCCACCCCAUUAUUCCCUGAACCUCUCUCCCACCCCAUUAUUCCCUGAACCUCUCUCCCACCCCAUUAUUCCCUGAACCUCUCUCCCACCCCAUUAUUCCCUGAACCUCUCUCCCACCCCAUUAUUCCCUGAACCUCUCUCCCACCCCAUUAUUCCCUGAACCUCUCUCCCACCCCAUUAUUCCCUGAACCUCUCUCCCACCCCAUUAUUCCCUGAACCUCUCUCCCACCCCAUUAUUCCCUGAACCUCUCUCCCACCCCAUUAUUCCCUGAACCUCUCUCCCACCCCAUUAUUCCCUGAACCUCUCUCCCACCCCAUACCCCUGAAACUCAACUAUGUGGAUGUUAUUUCGCCUCAGAAGAAUGUAAGAGGUAUUUCAUCAAUGUGCUUAAUGUUAAUGUGUGCCCUGUCAGCUCUCUCUGGGCUCUCUGGGCUCUCUGGGCUCGCUCUCUGGGCUCGCUCUCUGGGCUCUCUGGGCUC